AUGUCGACCUCGAUGAAAUCUCUCAUGAUUCUCUUCUUAGCCGCCAUGGCUACUGCAAGACCCUUGUCUCGCAGAGAAGUUCCCCAAGAGCACUCCCAUCAAAAGUUUAUCGCUACGGUGGCAGCUUCUCUUGCCGCCAACAACCCUGACAAUAUUGGUGAUCCAGUCUUUGGUCUUCUUGGAAAUAAGGCCGCCGCGCAAGGUGCAGGCUCGAUCAAGGACCUCGACUGUCUUCAACAAGCUAUUGCCGAUCAGGCUUUCACCAACGCUAAAGCCGCCGGAGAUGUGAAUGGUAUGACAGCAGCUCUUGUAUACCGAACUCUCGAACGCAACACUGGUUCGGUCGGUCUUGCUAGCGUGAAAUGCACUUCUGUCAAAGCGAAGAACCCGGAAAUUGCAGCAUUACAGCAGCAUCAAGACCCCGCUUCGUCCGGAGCUGCUGCAACUAACAAACAGAUUGCUCUGGAGCUGGCUAAGCAGAUUGCAAGCAUUGGUGGUGAUCCAUCUACUGCCAUCCAGAGUGGAACUUUCGCUCCGGGUCAAAUUGGAGACACAACCGGCAAAGGAAAAACAUGUGAUGACCAAAAUGAUCCUACUGGUUGUAUUUUUACACAGAAUCUACUUGUGCCUGAUGUUACCCAAGAUGAGAUUAAUGCUGCUGUGGGAUCCGCUGGUGGCAGCGCAGCUGCUGCUCCAUCCGCUAGCGCCGCUGUAGCAGCAUCUUCUUCAGCUGGCAUAGCCGCAGCACCCACCGCGACGGCAGCAUCCUCAAGUAACCAAGCAUCAACAGGUACUUGUUCUUCCUCGACUGGAGCCUCGGACUCCGCAACAGGAGCAAAUGCUGCAACUAACAACAACGCCUCUACAUCAACUACACCCAGCACAAGCAGCCUUGACCUGGGCUCUUGCAAAAACGCUUCACCUUUCAUCAAGUUCGGAGCCGGCUUUGAUGGUCGCAAGGAGAACUCCUUUGAACCUGCUGAUAAAGCGACUUUCAAUCAUGGCUCUGCGCUCAAUAUUGGAGUGGUGGCCAACUUCAUUUGUGACCGGUUGAACGACCCUUGUAAGGCGUCACAGACAACUCUGGAUACAUGCAAGAGCGCGGCCUCAGCUGCUUCAAAAUUGUCGGGACAAGCUGCUGCUGAUGCGUUCAACAAGGCAUUGUCCUAG